UGCGCUACGACGGCAGACGACAGCCGCAGAUACAGAUACAGAUACGGAUACCGAGAUACAGAUUCAGAUACCAAAUACCGAGAUACAGAUAGCCGGUCGGACGGACAGGCCCUGAUUGAUUGAUUGCCGAACCCGGCCCCAUCUCCUGCCCAAAAAAUCCAAAAUCAAAGACCAAAACCAAACCCAAACCAGACUCAAAAUCUCUCUGCAUCAAAGUAUCUGCAACAGCAACAGCAACAGCAACGUCAUCGGCAUCGACAUCGACAUCCCAGCAUCGAACCAACAUCUAACAGCGGUCAGCAUCCCAGCAUACCAAUACCAAUCCGAUACGAAUCCCAGUCCCAGCGGACAUCGUCCAGCCGCCAAGCCAUCAAUCAGUCAACCGAGUCACCGCGUCAGUUAGUCAAUCGAAUCGACUAGCCAGCCCACUCGACUUUUGCUUUUGCUGGCUGGAGGAUAUCUUCGGUCGGCGCUUUAGUUUCAGUUCGCAUUUGGACGCGUGCUGUGCGGCCUCGCCGAUAGAGAGAUUCGGAUCGGAACGGAAUCGGAAUUCUGAAUUCUCAGUACUCAGCUCUCAGUACUCGGUGCUAAGUUCUCAGUUCUCAGUACUCAGUUCUUAACUCUCAAUUCUCAGUUAUGAGCUCUACAUUCUGAAUCAGAAUUGGAAUUAGAAUUAGAAUCAGAAUCAGAAAGGAAAAAGAAUCGUGCGCGAAUUAAUCUACAACGUAACGAGAACCAAAACACUGCCGCACACACGUGUCUGAAGUUCAGUGACAAGCCCCAAAUCAGGCGUCUAUAUUCAAUUGAAUAUAUAUAAAUCGUGAAAUCGUAAAACAAUUUUAAUCAGCUAGAAACCAAGCGCAGGCACGGCAUAAUUAAUUCGUCUGACCCGCAAAGUUCUUGCAAAGCAAAUACGAUUGUGCAAAGUGUUGGCCAUCGCAUCGUUAAAGUGAAAACUACUCCUCCAGCCAAUCCGAAAACUAAAUCAACUAGUAACAGCAUGAAGCUCUCAGCAGUAUUGUUGGCCAUGGCGCUGUUUGCCCUCUCGCUGGUCCAGUGCCUCGGCCUGCCCGAUCCCAGCACCAAGUGCGUCAUGGAGUGCGACACGCAGGAGUACCGAUCCAUUUGCGCUGCGGACGACAAGGGCUCCACCAAGACCUAUCGCAAUCUGUGCGUGAUGAAGACGGAAAAUUGUCUCCAGAAUGCAAACUUUCAAAAGAUCAGCGACAAGGAGUGCCCGUAGAGCUAUGGAUCCAUUGAUCUGUAGUCCAGCGGAAAUAACUUAAUCAUGGAGGAGAACGAGUUGUCGCGGUUUGGCAUUCCGGAGGACUCAUCUUUCUCGCGUGGUAUUUGUGUGUGAUAUUUUUAAGUUGUACUUCAACGGAAUACAGAAAACACGCCCCGAACGUAAUGCAUAAUGAUAAUGUAUUCUAAAAUUAUUAAUAAUAAAUAUUAAAUAAAAUAAUCGUAACACGCAAA